UCUCUGGCGGCAAACUUAGGGGCGCUGUUCUAACUCCACACAAAUUUAAGUUAACUUUUACGCGAUCGAGAAGUUAAAAAACUUGCUCUAAGCACAUAGAAACCAAUGAAACUGGUAAUAGGAAGUUUUUUUAUUUUUUUUUAUUGCCUAGAUGUCUGGUAGUAGGUCGUCUUCUGAGUUCGCACAUAUAGGUACCAACACACUGCCUAUUUCUGCCGUGAAGCAGUAAGGCGUUUCGGUAUGAAGGGUAGGCCAGAUCAGCCGUUGUACUGUUAAAAUUGAGAUCUUAAAAAUCUUAUCUCAGGGUGGCGGCAUUUACAUUGUAGAUGUCUAUGGGCUCUGGUAACCACUUAACACCAGGUGAUCCGUUGGCAAUAAAAUAAAACGUUAAAAAUAUUUAUAACUAUUUUAUAUUUAUGAUUACGAAACUAAAUAAUGUAAUGUUUUUUUGUGGCGUUUUACAACAUUUUGCUAAACUUGACCUUAAUAAAUUCGAAGUGUCAUUUAUAAAGUUCAGCAAAAACUUGCUAUGUACCCGUCUCGGUCAGAGUUGCGAGACAUUCCAGGCUCAUUCGCUACGGUCAUUCAACUAAUACAUUACAAUGAACUAGCUCUGUUUGUCUUAAUUUUUGAAAAGUAGAAAAAAACUCAAAAUUUCACAAUGAUAAAGAUUAUAAACUACUGGUCGCUGAUUUUGGAAAAGGCGAAGAGGGCCCUAAACUUAAGGUAUUCAAAGGAACAAUGCAAACAUCAGACAUCCUGUUACCAGAACUACCCCUUGGCAUAGUUGGUUUCUAUACGUCAGAGGCAAUUCCAAGGUCCAUGCCAAUCAUAGCUGUGGCAUUCAGCUCUGCAGUAUACUUAUACAGAAAUAUGAAGUUUUUUUACAAAUAUCUAUUGCCAUCGGUUGAUUUGAGCGUCCACGAGAUGGAUGUUUGGAAGCAGCUAAUAAACUCAGAAAAUCAGACACCAGAAAUGAUAACAAUACUCCAAGAGAAUUUAAAAGCUAUUCCUCCGAAGAUAUUAAGUCUGCAAUCUCAGAAUUUCCUGGCUCUUACCUUAGACCAGCAGUUGGAAUACCUAGAACAAGCUGCCGAACUACCUAUGUGGAAACCUCCUGAGAUCACAUGCAUCAGUACAUUGAAGAUGAACUCAAUAGACCAGUAUUCUGUGAGUUGUUUGGUAGUCGGUACAGAAGAUGGUUACAUUAUUAUUUUGGAUCCCCAAACAUUUACAACUCUGUCGCAGGCUAAACUAUGUCCAAUGAAGAAAACACCUUACAGAAUGAUAACAACCGGAUUGUAUAAUGUUGACUACAGAAUUACAGUUGCGUCAAGGGAGAAAUCAGUGUGCUUAUUGAAGAGGGAAUCCACCGAAGGGCGCAUACUAUUCAAUACAGAGGAACACAUCAUAUCUAUAGAGGUCAUCACCGCCGAUGAAAGCAUCAUAGUUAUAUGUACAGACAACACGAUGUCAUGUUACACCAAAAAGGGUAAGAAGCAGUGGUGCGUCAACUUGGAGCACAGGCCGAUAUCGAUGACUCUGGUGCCGGUACUGCAUUUGGGAGUCACCUUAGUGGGGGUGGCGCUGACUUCAGGGCAUGUCCACUUCUAUGAAGGGAAAGCGCGUUUGGACACAUUGUUUGUUAGAGAUGUCGCUUCGGUGAUGAGGUUCGGUCGGUUGGGUCAAGAGGAGCACGUGCUCAUCGUUGUGACCGGCAGCGGGAACCUGAUGUUGAAGAUCUUGAAGCGCACGGCGGAUUUCAACAGCAGCGCGGCCGGAGUCGAGCCGGCGCCCUCCGCCGCCGCCGGACACAAGCCCUGGCUGAUACCGAAGAAAUCAAAACUGUUUCUAGAACAAUCGGCGAGGGAGCGAGAAAAUGCCGUCCCUAUGCACGAGGCUUUUCAAUUAGAAUUGAACAGAUUGAGGUUGCUGGCCACAAGAACGCUCCUGGAUGCUCACGCCAAAUCCGAGAAUUUCAUGGGAGUCGGGGCCAUGGAGCCCAUAGGACUGACGGCUGAGGUUGAAGGUCUGGGCCCCGUGUUCCGGGUGACGCUCUUCGUGGAGAACAAGUCAAAGGAGCGAGCGGUAGCGGGGCUCGCGGUACUAUUCCACGCGCACACCGCCCACUACAGAGUAACGAAUCCAUACAUUAAGGUACCGUUAAUAUCUCCGGGAGGGAAAUUAAAAUUUCCAACGAAGAUCGAAGAGGUAUUCGAGGAGAACAUAAAUCCUGAUGUGUUCUUUCGUCCUGUGACCGGACAGGCCGGGGACCGCGCGCUGGUCAAAGUGUUACUGCUGAAAGAGGACAGGAAGAGGCCCGUACUGGCGGCCACAGUUCAGAUGCCUCCGACCGAUCCGAUGAUGUUGCCAUUCGAGAAAAUACAAUCCGGUUACCAGAAUAACGCUGUCGAUUGGGAAAUAGAACGAAAAAAUUGAAUAAGAUGUAGUAUUAUAAUAAAUAAAGCGUUUUAUUUCUUCUCUUGUUUAUUGUAGCUA